AUGUUGGGCCUACGAUUUAUUCUCUCGUGGUUUUCGCCAUUAUAUGACGCCCUGCUUUGCCCUUCUAUUCCCCUUCGUCUCCGUUUAUCACUACUAGGUUUACAGCCUUUGAAUUUGCUUACAUAUCCUAUGAAAUGGAUUCCCUACCUCUUCUCUCGCGAGUACUCGGUUGAAUCGAUCCCACUACGUCAUACACCUGGGCAGUCACUUCGUGUGCUCGUGUUUGGGGCGUCCUCUCCUACAACUCGUGGGCAGAAGCGACCGUUACAUCUCGACAUUCACGGAGGCGGGUUUGUUGGUGGCAUUCCCGAAUUAGAUAUCCCUUUCUGCAAACAGGUAGCUAAUGAGACAGGCGCCGUUGUGGUGUCAAUCUCAUAUCGACUUGCUCCACGCCAUACAUUUCCAAUAGCACACACUGAUGCCGAAGACAUAGCUGAAUAUAUCGUCCGGCAUGCUGAGAACCGCUGGGGUGCAGACCCAAAAAGGAUGAUGACUGUGAGCGGAUUCUCAGUUGGAGGGAAUCUAGCUUUGGCUGUGGCACAAUUUCUUGGCCAAGAGAUCGUAAAGGGAUCGGUCACUUUUUAUACACCAGUUGAUUUCCGCCUUCCGCCAUGGGAGAGACCCAAACCACCAGGCUUUCCACAGAAGGACCCGCUCGCUUUCUUGGCUUCGUUGUUCGAUUCAUAUGUAGGAGCAUGUAGAAUGGAAAACAUCCAAAACCAGCGUCUCCAUCCGACCCUAGCUACUAGAGACUCGUUGCCUAAGAACAUGUUGUUUGUCAUACCGAAAGUAGACAUUCUCUUAGAUGAGCAAACCAAAUUUGUGCAAAGAUUGGAAAGCGAGUCAUCGAAGGGCGGUCGGGUGGAGGCAAUAUUCUUCGAGGGUCAAAUUCACGGUUGGUUGGAACUUCCUUCGUUCGCUAUUAACGAGGAAACACGACGAAAUGCGUUUGACGCCGCCAUCUCAUUUAUCCGCGAUGUACAGCGAGAGUCUUGA